GUACCCACAAACAGGUUUUCUGGUUGUUCAUAACUAAUUUUGUUUGCAUAUGUCAUAGGGUAUUGCACCUGGUCAUUUUAUGGCGUUUUUCUUCGACACCUUACGUGUGGCGUUCCUGUGCUCAUAGGCAUAAACUGGAGUUCCAGAAUUUGUGCUUAGAUAUUAAUUUAGAGAGAUUAGUUUUUGGGAUCCACAUGCAAAGUUGCAAUCUUCCAGGUGAGUGAUGUCCCAGCACCAAAAUCAAAACCAAAACCUACCUGUGGUUCCGCAAUCUGGAGCUGCUGUUAAACCCUUCUCGAUAAGACAGUAUGUUCAUGCUUCUCGUCACAGAAACAUCUCUCAGAACUGGCCUUUUGAAGAGAAGCACUUGCAAUUGUGUCUUGAAAAUGAUCUCAAGGUGGAAGAGCUGUUGCCACCUAUUGAACCAGGCAAAACAUCACAUGAAAAAUCACUCAAAGAUUUCUCCAGAAUGCACUCGCCAAGUGAUGAUAACAACAAAGAAACUGAUUCUUGCAAUGCUGAAGUGCCGCAAGACAUUGAUGAUCAGUGUAACUUGAAAGUCAUGAACCACUUGAUAUCACAUGAAGAGGGAAAUCACUCAAAUCAUAAAUAUAAACGAAGAAGGCGUAAAGGGAAAUGUAAGAAACGUUCGAUGGUGGAUAUUUUAGCCGUGGCAAGGCACAGUACUUCAGAGGAUAUUGAUGAGAUGAACAAGUUUUGUCAUGCUGAAACUGUGACUGAAGGAUGUCAGCAAGCGGUGCCUUUUCAACAUAAUUCCAUGGCUGAAGCAAUGGAUGAGGAUUCAUGCAGAAAAGUUGGAAGUGAAGAUCAUCAUGUCAUGUAGUGCAGAUAACUUUCAUAUAACAUCAAAGCUUCAUCGCAGAUGCAAUGUAAUUAGGAAUGGAACAUAACAUCACUGUUAUUUCUUUUAGUAUUGCAGAAAAUUACUGAGACAAAUAUGUUAGCUUGGUCAUGGACUUGCAUUUUAUGAUAAUCUGUUUGGACAUGAAGCGAUAAAA